CGGCUCCACAGCUGCGACUCAUGGGACUUGUAGCGACUUUCUCCCCUGCAAACACUUUCCCACUAGGAUUCCAGUAAAUGCGGGGGUCGCAGUAUAACGAAUCUCUGGCUGGGAUGAAGAGACCUAGAAAAUAGCCGCUUCCCCGACCCCCAGUCAUGGCCAGCGCUGCCCCCGGCUGCCUCAGUGAUAUUGCACUGCGCUUCUCGGCGGAGUCGGUGCAAGUGGUGCCGGGGCUGUUGGGCGCAGCGGUGGUUGUGGGUGUUGUGCUCGGUGCGGCUGCUGCUGCUGGAUUCCUCUGCUUCCUCUUACCCCGACUCUACAAGAAGAAAAAGGAGCCUGGGGUUGUUCUUGAAAACAGCAACUCUGAUAGAAUAAGACAAGACUGUAGGACAGACUCUAAGAAUGCAAUCCAUCCCAUGAAAAGAAAAUCAUUUGAGGAGGAUAAUCCAUUCCCGAGCAAUGGGGUUGCUGCCUUUGCGCUGAAGGCUAAGGUGGUUUAUCCCAUCAAUCAGAAGUUUAGGCCUUUAGCGGACGGAGCGUCUAACCCUUCGCUGCACGAAAGCCAUAAGCAGACACCAUUACCGAACCAAAUGUUUGAAGGUUCUGCCUAUAGCAGUACAGAGUCUCUGAGCCAUGGAGAAAAGGAGGACUGCAGUUCAUCCACCACUAUUCAUUCCAUCACAAGUGAAGACAGGUUCUACGAGAGAACGUUCCCCAGAGUUAACAGCUUUCUGGAAGUCUUAACCUCCAACAGUUGUGAUGUCAGGUUGUGUCUCUAUAGUCUGUGCCUACAGAGUUUACCGAUUCUCGACACAGAACUGAUGAGAGAGCAGCAUUCUAUGUUUGUACAGAUUCUGCGGAUAAACCUGACCGACCUGUUGCUGAAAAAGAAGAUAGACAGGGAAACGUUCAGAAAUAUACUCUCCGCACAGGAAGCCGAAUUAGAAGAACUUGAGGAGAGAUAUCUCUCAAGGGUAACCAACUCCAAGACGAGUCGGGGUCACAGUACUGAGUUCCAAACGAUGGAGGACAUCGAGAGAAGAGAGAGAGAAUAUUCCGAUCAUCUCAUGCAAAAUACUGAAGGCUUCUGGAUCCAAAUAGAAAAAGUGCAUCAGUUCUUGCUGGACCAAGCCAAGUGCACCUAUGCGGAAGCUGAAAGAAUAAUGAUGGACCUGACCUCUAGAAUGAUUGUGCUUGAAACUAUCCUGAGCGAGUCACAGGAGUUACAGGCAAUGGAGGUCCAGGAAAAAAUGAUUCGCUGGGAACAUAUGGCAAAGGUGGUCGAUUCCUUAAAACAUCAGAUACAGGAGGAAAGUGAAUGUCGAUUAAAUGCGGUUUCCAAAACUCUGGAAAAUUUAAAGAGCCAGAAAAAAAUUUCGGCAAGUCAAAAAGAGCACCACCUGACGGAACUGUUCAAGGCAUUCUGGGAUGAAGUGUCGCAGUACAAUAAAGAGUGCCUUCAGCAAACAAAAAGUCUGCUUUCAAAACUAUUGACGCACCGUGGCAAACUCAUAGAAAUGCUAAGGAGGACACAGAAGGAGGAGCGACUGAAUUUUCUCAGUAAGGCCCAAGGUUCCUCGGAUCCAGACAGCUUUAUAAAGGAGUACCAUAAACUGCUGGAGGAGCAGAGAGAGCUCUCCUGUGACCUGGAAGAUGAAGAAGACUGUAAAGCCUUGGAUUCAGUUGCUGAUCUCUGCAAGGAAUUAUAUACUGGUGCCUCUCAAAACUUUGAAAAGCUGGUGAAAUCCCUGUUUUUUCGGACUCUUCCUGAAAUGACCAACUUGAGUUUACAAGACUGUGAAAAUCUAAAGCUGGAACUGCGUCAGAAUCUGUCCUCAGAGCUGGAAAAAGCGGAGGCUGAGAGGAAGAACAUGAUUAAAGUCUUCCAAGAAACCCUCUUACAGGAGAAACAGCUAUGGGCCCAGGAACAAGUCCAGUCAUCAGCACUGCAGAACUUCGUAUCUGAGAAGGAGCAGCAGAUUAUGAAAGGGGUGUUAAGCCGACUGAGUGGUAUUAAUGAGGAAUCCAGCAGAGCGGCAGCACAAAGGCACGAUUUUUUCCUGCGCUGUGCUCUGCGCCCUUUAGCCCUUCGGAACAUCGCCAUGGCCACCCUCACCCAGAUGCGAAUGUCCAGGAAGAAAAUUGUUCUGCAAGAAUUAAAAGAGCACCAUUCCCUGGAACGCUCGAAAUCUCAUUGUCAGGACGAGGAACAGUGGAAAAUGCAAAAUGAAAUGGAAAUCCAUAUUUUGGAAGAGGAAAGGAAGCUGGAAGCAGAGACCCUGCAGACUCGCACUGACUGUCAGCAGCAGCUCCUCUCAGACCUAACGGAGGCUUUGCAUCUGAUUGGGCAGCACAUGCAGCGAGCCAUUGGGCAGACUCUCAUUCAUUAUGCACAGCAAGAGGCUGCUAAAAGCAUGAUGGAGGACAAUGUUGACUUCAAGGAACGUCUGGUGGAAGCGGCAGUGGAGAGCGUGUAUGUGAGCAGGAACAGUGUGGAGAAGCUACUGCAGCGAUAUAACCAAACCAUUGAACAGAUCCUGGAUGAGUUUGAAGUGGGAAAGGAGCAUCAGCUGAAGAUGGUUAAAGAUAAACUGACAAAGGAGAAACAGAAAAUCGAGAAGAAAUCACUGAAAGAUGAACUUUGUUCGCAACCAACUUAUUCGGAUCUUCUCAAAAGAUUUUUUCUCCAGCAAAACCAGUUGCUUGAGAAAUGUCAUGUCUAUCAGCAGAUCCGCUUGGACUCAGUAAGGCAAAGAAAAUCAGUGCUGCACCAGCUGAAGGGAGACCUGGAGAACAAGCUGAAGGAUGCGGAACAGGAGUUCAUUGCUGAGCUGGCUUCCCUGGCACGGAUUUGCCUCACUGAUGGAAGUUACUCAUCCAAUAACAAGGUUGCACUUUCAGAUUCCACCAGAAAGAAUCUCCCUACAAAGAAGCAGAAGUAAGAUUUCAGAGGCAGCAAUGGUGACUGAAUUAAUGGCAAUACCAGGGAAUAAGUGUUAGACAGCUGAGUACUAUAGAGUUUGGGUAGCGAAGCAGAUACCCUGUUUUUCUUUUAAAUCAAUUUCAUCCAUUAAUAUUAGGGAUUCACCAAAUCCAGGAUCCAGUUCGGAAUCAGGCCUUUUUCAGCAGGAUUAUGUUUCGGCCGAAUCCUUGUGCCUAGCCGUACUGAAUCCAAUUCCUAAUUUGCAUAUGUAAAUUAGGUGCGGGAAGGAAAAUCACAUUCAUUUUGGUCACAAAAUGUUUGACACUUUCUCCUUUCCUGCCCCUAAUUUGCAUAUGCAAAUUAUGAUUCGGUUCGUUAUUCGGCCAACUCUUUCAUGAGGGAUUCGGGCAAAUCCCAAAUAGUGUAUUCGGUGCAUCCCUAAAUAUUAG